AUGAGUUCCUUCUCAUAUUCGCCGGGUUCGGGCGCCAUACUUUCAUUGAAAGGGUUUGAAGUUCCUCCACAAGGAAAAGAACGAAAACCUUACACUGUUCGCUUGGACGAUAUUGCAACUAUGGACAGAUUUGAUAGUGAAAUUGAUGAAGUUGUGAAAGAACUUUUCGACGAAGUUCUGAAUAAGAUUGUUGGCUUUUUCAAGAGCGACGUCGGAACGCCUAAUUUUAAGAGUAAUGCUUCCGCCAAACUAACUCCACGAAAAUUGAUGAUGGCGAUGGUUCGAUGUAACUUUUCGGAUGUGGGCCGAAUUACUGAUGGUGUCAUUGGUCGACUCCAGCGAGAGAUCAGCAGUACCGUAGUGCUCAAACCUGGCGAAAUGAACAUUUUUGGUGUUGUUAACAAGCUCAGGAGCGAUAACGGAAAGGGAAAGCGGCUGCUUGUUGUGGAGCAAGGCGAAUCUCUCAGUCCACAAUUGUUGAAUGGACUGUUUUACUGUCUUUCUACUGUUAGUAGCAGUAUAAUAGUUCUCCUGUGCCUACGAAUGUCUACGAAACGAGCAACGUUCUUUUCUGCUAUGUCACGAAGGGUUUUGGCAUCUCUUGAUGUUAGAUGCUAUUCGAUAUCCUCGUCCGACGAGGUGUUCGAUCGCCUUGCUUCUGCUGUGCUACUCAAUCCAACCUUCACAAAUUUGAAAAUCGAACCGACAUUUGCGAGAUUUCUGAGGUGA